ACAAGCAGCAACCACAUUAAUACCAAAAGGAUAAAAAACAACAGAUGGUAUGAAAAUAAUCUUUAACGACUGUGUUGUUUAUCAAUCUGGUCUAACUCCGCUGUAAGUCUACGUCAAAUUUAAUUUAAAUUCAAGCAGACGUCAGCAUGCGUUUGAUACUGUUUUCCUGUCUUGUAUGCCUGACGGUGCAGGGAAUAUUUUCAGUCCGACACCCAGGAGAGAUUGAGUUCUGUCCGGCAGGAUUUGCACCCAUAGGCGAGCAUUGCUUCAAGUUUGCUGGGUAUGCAAGGAGCCGAGAGGCAGCGAAAGUCUGUGCCAAAUACAAACGCCGCCCUCUUUGAGAUUCUCUCGUGGAAACGGCAGAGGGAGAUCGAACAAUUUGUUAAAAAGAACAACAUCAAACAUCCCAUCUGGCUGGACGGCCGCAUCGGUCACCUGGCUUUCAGGGAGCGGACCGUGAGCCUCUUCUGGACAUCGACGUUUUAUCCACCAAUCUCCAAUUUUAAAAACGGCUUGCCUCACUUCGUCGGGCAGACGAUGUGUGUCUAUCUGGAUCCUAUGGAGAACUACUCAUGGAACUACGCCAGCUGUUCAGAGGACUACCACGCCGUAGUCUGCACGAAAAAACGAGGCAAGAAAUUUUCCCCCAUCACUACCACAGUUGCUCCAAUUCCGGAUGUGGUUUUAUAGCCCACGGCUGUCAAGUUCAUGCUAGCAAAGUCGACUCUUCCAAACGUGUCAGAUGGUGUUGAAAUACAGCAUAUAAAUACAUGCGUUACAUAUGCCUCAA